ACCGCCCUAACCGGGAUUCGAACUUGCCCAGGAGGUGAACCCUGGGGUUCCACACCAAUGACAGAGACAUUGCCUCUGGGCCAAAGCGCCACUCCAGUCAAAUUAUGACCAAACCCAAUGAUCGCCACCUACUGUUCUAGAACACAACAGUUAAUAACAGUUAUAGUUUGAAUUUUAAUUAAAAAAAAGUUUAAGCCUGCAGUGUCCACCUGGGGGCAGCAGAAACGUCAGGUUGACUCCUUCUCCCAUUAGUUCCACCAUCAGUCAUUGGAACCUGUGUCUGUCCAACUGCAGGAUCUCCCUCAACACUCUGACUCUGAACGUGAAGAGCGACAAAGUCUACACUCGCCACGGCGUUCCCAUCUCUGUGACGGGCGUGGCCCAGAUGAAGAUCCAGGGUCAGAACAAACAGAUGCUAGCUGCAGCCUGUCAGAUGUUCAUGGGAAAGUCAGAGCCGGAAAUUGCACAUAUCGCUCUGGAGACGCUGGAGGGCCACCAGAGGGCGAUCAUCGCACACCUGACUGUAGAGGAGAUCUACAAGGACCGUAAGAAGUUCUCCGAGCAGGUUUUCAAAGUGGCCUCCUCCGACCUGGUCAACAUGGGCAUCAGCGUGGUCAGCUACACCCUCAAGGACGUUCACGACGACCAGGACUACCUCCACUCUCUGGGGAAAGGUCGCACGGCGCAGGUUCAGAAGGACGCUCGCAUCGGAGAAGCUCAGAACAAGAGAGACGCCGUGAUCAGGGUCAGACUCUUCUUCAUCUUCUUCUCUGUGUCUUCAUCCUGAAGGAGAUCAACGUAAAGGAGAAACUUUCCUCCUCCUCCUCCUCCUCCUC